GCAGAGAGGAGGGAUUUCAUUUCAGUCCUGAACUGUUGCUUUUCACGGGACUCUAAGUCUGGGUUCUGAGUGGAGUAUGUUGGAUUGCUACAAAAACACCUGCUGUGAACUCUUUAGGACUCCUUACCUCAGGCAGAAGAGGAGGAACAGCUCUUCAUAAAGGAACCACUAAUUACUCAUUUGUAGUGGCAAAAACUGAAAUGAAACUGUUUGGAUGUGCAGGUCAGCUCUGUUGACCAGACUGCCUAGUGCAAUGCUGGAAACUAUUGACUGAUGCAGGAGCAAGAGAAAGCAGAAAAUCUCCAAAGACCUGUGUUUAAUAUUUUUCUCUAUUAAGACAGAGGUAAAAUAUUAUUUCUGUUGGUCUGAUUUUGAUAAUUAGUGAACAUUUCUUCUAACAUCAAUUUUACAAUUUUACAAUGUUUUACAGUAACUUGUAAAUUAUUUGCAUGUCUUAAGAAACUGGUAUUUGUCUUAAGCUAAAACAGUAAAUUAGUUAGUUAGUUCAGAAUCUGAAUCAGAAUAAUUUUAUUCGCCAUGUACAGUUACAUGUAUUAGGAAAUUUUCUUGGUGUUUGGUCACAACACAAUGCAUUCAACACGCACAUCACAGACAGCACAACACAAUUAACAUCCUAAUAUACAAAUACUGUACCUAAUCUACAGAUAUACAAAUAUUGCAUCUAAUAUACAAAUAGUUAAAUAAUUAUCUUACUUAAUAAUUUAAGUUAGUUAAAUAAGUAUACGUUCAAAUUCAAGCUUGCAUGAAUCAACACUUGCUAUCAAAUUGGAGCAGUCUUAUAGCCCCUAAUAAGUAUUUAGAGCACCAUGGUUAGCCCAUCUUUUCUACUCCACGUUGUCCUGGCUGCUUUACUUGGGUGUGCCUCACAGGCCCAGGAUGAGGCUUUCACAGAGAUGGCCAUGCAGCUGACCAAUCAGACAGCAGAUCCCACUGUGACAUCAGAGGGAACUCUAAUACUGAGCUCACCUGCAGGAGAAAUAGUGGAGGAAACAGUCCCACCCACAGGUACUCGCUGCCAGGGUUAUUAUGAUGUGAUGGGUCAGUGGGACCCACCAUUUAAUUGCAAUGCAGGUAUCUUCCUGUACUGUUGUGGCACCUGCUUUUACCGGUUCUGCUGCCAGUUCCGUCAGCAACGUCUGGACCAGACCUCAUGCUCCAACUACGAUACACCAAUUUGGGCCAACACAGGUAAACCUGUGGCCACUAUAACUGAUGUACAGUCAGAGCAUGAAAGGGAUCGCACGCAAAUGAUUGUCUACAUAAUCUGUGGUGUGGUGGCCAUCAUGGUUCUGAUAGGCAUCUUCACCAAGCUGGGGUUGGAGAGGAGCCGAGGUGGACAAAAUGACAUCACCAACUCAAGGACUCUGCAGGAGCUACUGAAACAGCCAGGUGGGGAUGUGAGCCAUGUAGAUGGAACCAUUAGCAGCUCCACCACCAUUGGAGCCAAUGGCAUUUCAGCUAGGCUGUUACGCAGCCGCAGUGAGCAAUAUCACCUCAGCAACACAGCAUUCAGCCCAACGGGUGGACUCUCUCAUCCUCAAAGCAACAACAGUGCGCCUGGCCUCACACACAACAAGUACUCCUCACUGAAGGCUGUUGCAGACACGGCCAGCAGAGGUUACUAUAAGAGCUAUCCACUCAUGGACUUUUCUCAAUACCAAACUCUUCCUGCACCAUUUCAACCCAUCCCAGUGCACCAAAAAGACAAGUCCUAUUUCAAUCAAGAGAAGCCCUACAUGCACCAGGCUCUGCCUUCCCAUGAUGUCCACUCUGCACUUUCCAUUUCCAUCCCCACCAACCAACUUGAGAGGAGCUGCAUUCGAAAGACCAGCACUCAUCCCUUACACCUAAGCUCAAGCUUCACAGUAUGUGACUCUGUACCCCGACACGUCCAUCGGCAGACCUCACACCCUGGACACCCCAGUCGCAGGCAGACCUAUGCCAGCAGAAGGCAAUACAGCAUAGAGAUGCUUCCUGAGCUUUUCUCACAGCCCAUGUCCUACGAAGGACGUUCGUCCUAUGCUCACAAACACAAGAGCUUUCAAACCAAUAGCAAAACAGAGGUCACUGUCUAAGAGUCCUCAGCUGUUUCAUUUAAUUCACAGACACACCAGCGAUAUGGCUGUCUUCCCACAGCUGCUUAGCUUUCCAUCAGGUUCCUUCAGCCUCAGUAGUUCAGUCUCUGUCCUCUGGUCCUUAUGUCUCUGCUACAGCACACUGUCCCAAACAUAGAGCUGGGAGGUAAGUGUGCAGCCUGGAACAUUGGAAUGGUCCCAAAAACUACAGUAACUCCACAGGGAUAAUGCAAACAUCACAUUGGCCCUAGGUCUAUCUCCACAGGUGACGACAGUGUGAGUUGAUCAUCAUUUUGUGGACUCUUUAUUGAGAACAUUUAAUCAGAUAACCUCAGGCAGAAGGCAACACUCAGUUUGAGUAGGUGUCGAUCAGCUCUCUUUCAAGGAUGUAUGUAAGAGCACAUUCUCUGUGGGUCUUAUGAGAGAUCUCCUUGUUUUCUUGGGUCAUGUGGUCAGUAAAAGACAGUGCUGAAACAGUCCACAGGUUACAGUAUUACAGAUCACGCACAUUAUAUUAUGUUCAUAAGUACCAUAAAUGAAUACAAGAGAAGUCAGUAACCUCUUUAUUCCUGUUCUUCUAGUCUUAUCUCAGCUCCCCUUUAUGGGAGUCUGAAGCAAUUGAGACCCCACUGUGAUGCUGAGUCGCAUGUUCCUGAACUAUUCUUACACAUCCAGGGAAGGCAUCUCCAAUUACAAUUUCCAUUUGUUGAGCUUAUGAUGCAGAGCAAUAGUCUGGAACUGUGAAAUCUCUUUCCCCUAUGCUUAUGACAAUUUAGCUCAGAGAUCUCUCCAGACCUCUGACAACUGUGACAUUUCAAUUUGCAAGGACAGAUGAUGAAUCAUGUUGCUCCAUUAUUAAAUACAACUUAUGCAAAGGUGAAAUGGUGAAAUCAUCAGUUUAUUACCAGGAUUAGUAUGGCGUGUGCAUCGCUGCCCUAAACCAACACUAACUCACCUGUUAUGGUGGACUAGAAUCUGUCAAGAUGAUCCUGAAUUUUAGGGAUAGGCUGGUGGAGAGACAAAGGUAAAGAUUGCUCAUAGAUUUCUGCAUUUCAAGCACAUUUUAUCUACAACAAAGUAUAAUGUUAUAUAAAUAUAAAAUGUGUGUGUGUGGUUGUAGUAUUCAGAAUAUAUAAAUUAUAAAGUGCUUCCAAUUAUCCCCAGUAUUAGCAUUUGCUCAGACCUUCUAACUCUGUGAACAUCACAUUUGUGCACUUUUGUAAUCUUACAUUUACAUUUCAUUAUUCUGUACUCUACACAUGAAUUUGUGAUUUGUGUGGGGAGCAUUUGAAUGACAGAUUAUGAUACAUUUGUAAAGCAAAUUUGUAAGAGAUGUAUGUACAUGUACUAAUAUGUUGUGUUGCACUGUAUACCUUUAGAAAAUUUAGAACCUUUAAAGGUUCUUUGGUUGUCCAUUUGGGGGAAACUUUGGUUUCAAAGGUUUCCAAGUAGAACUCCUUUUUGGAAGAUAAAACCCUUAAUUAUCCAGUGACCCCUAAAAGAACCCUUGCAGUACCAUUUUCCCCCUAAGCGUGUAAAUGUAUCUGUUAUGUAUAUACUAUUAUUAUAUUAAUUAUCUUUUAAUUUAAAAGGGCUUUUCAGAAGAAUUAAGAAUAAAGAUCUUGUAUGCAAUCCUAUUAGCCAAAGUAGUAAUAUCUAGAGGUACAAUAUUUGCACUGAAUGCUUAGAGGAGGACAGUGUUGACAUGACAAUUUAGAAAUUAUAGAAACUGAAAAUGUUUGUAAUGCCACAAAAACAAAGACAGAAUGCAAGGGGGUUUUGUGGUAAAGUUUAGUAAUUGGUCUGAAAAUGUCAAAAGAAGGGCACCACACAGUGCAGUGAAUCGUGUAACAAAAUCAAUUUUGCUCUUAAAAGGUCAGAUCUCUGCCUAAUCCCUCUACCAAUGACUAAAUACCUGUUUGAAUACUACAGUUACCCAUAGUGUAGAAUGUAUCAGUCUGAGCAUUUCUGUGCAGAAUGUGAACUCAGAAAUAUCUGUAUAACAAAUAUACUAAUCAUGGUUA